AUGAGGGAGGACCGGGUGCCUGGCUGGCUCGACGAGCAGCAGGCCACGGGCAGCUCGCCAGGCAGAACCAAGCCCAGGGAAGGCUGCCAGAGACCGGCUGCCUGGCUGGCCGGAUAGAGCAGCAGCAGGACCAUGAAAAUGUCAAUGUGGGCAGGCUGAGCCCAGGGGGCUGAGCCCAGGACCUGGCCAGACCUGAGGAGGGAACCGAGAUGGGCCCUGCUGGUCUGGCUGCAGACUGAGCCCAGGGAGGGCUGCUGAAAAGGUCACCGGCUGCGGGUACCGGCUGGGCCCCGGCUGGGUGGCUGAAGAAGGCAGUGCCGCGGGGAAGAAGCCUCUGAGCUACAGCCCCAUAGCAGGGCCGUGAUAAGAACUCGGGACUGUAUAUCCCGGAAGGGGGGGCAGCGUGUGCGGCUCGGCCGGAGACUGAGCUGCGAAGACCAGCCGAGAGAGCCAGCGGCCGGGGGGUGCUUGCAAGAGGCAGCUGCCACCCUGCUGUAAGACUGAAAAAGAAAAGCAGGUCACACCUAACCGAGAGCAAGGGGGCCAGCCACGAGAGGAUUGUUCUGGAUCCCCAGAAACAGAGUCACCUUAGGCUGCAACCUUCCAGCAGGAGUAUUUGAGGUCUGUCUCUGACUUCUCCGGCUGGGUACUGUGAACAUACCAGCCACAAAGCGGGUCAGAGGUGCCGUUACUCCAGAACUGUGGCAAACGGCUCUGUGAUUCCACCCAUCCUGUCGACCAGCUCAUGCAUGUGCCGUCCCUCGUCUGAUUUCAUUUCAGCUGAUCUAUGAUAAAUCCCCUGGCAGGAGAUUUGGCUGCAUCACAGACCCCAGCGCCGACCUACUGCUCCUCCAUCACCAUGGAGGCUUCUCUUGUCGUCUGCAUCCUCGCUGCUCUCCUGGCUACGGGGGCCUGUCUGCAAUGUGAAGUUUGCGAAGGCCAAGGAACCGGCUGCACGGGCACCAUGCGGCCCUGCCCAGCUGGGCAGGACUCUUGUGCCAUCGCUGUGAGAGUAACCACAAUGGCGGGAGUGAACAGCCGGAGCAUUCACAAGGGCUGUGUGAUGUCCAGCCAGUGUAGCACCGGCCCCAUCUCGAUGAAUUUUGGGCAGGGAAUGACGACAAGGACGAGCGUCGCCUGCUGCGUGGGAGACGCCUGCAGAACCACCACAGUUGCAGUGCCCCAGGCUGACACCACACCCAACGGCCGGCGCUGCCACGGCUGCUACUCUCUGUCCUCUGAGCAGUGUCGCGAAGAGACCAUAAAUUGUACUGGAUCCGAGACCCGAUGUCUCGACGCUACUGGGACCAUAACACCUGGUCGAAACCCAGUGCAGAUGGUCAUGAAGGGCUGCGUCUCCCAGUCCAUCUGCGACCAGCUACAAGUGGGUUCGGGAACCGUCGCAGGGGUCAGUUCAAGUCUAACCACGGCCAAAUGCACAACGGACUCCGGUGCGGCGGGCGGGGCUCCAGGACCAGCCGGGCUCCUCCCGGCCCUCGCUGGGCUUCUCCUGCUGAAGCUUCUCUCCUGAUUCCCACCCAGUGCAAGAGCGACAUGGCACUGAAAUCCACUUUGCAGCCUGCGUUAGCCACUCUCCCCCAGGGCUUCCCGGCUCCCGGGUGGACUCGCACCCCCCUUUAUAUUGUUGCACUGAAUAAAACACACU